CCCGCGAACAGACCGUAAAAGAGGCGGCGACACGAAAGCAUCGACGCUGUUAUCUGCGCUACCUCGGUUGUCAAACUCGUGGGCAAGCGUGCGUCCUCAGCAGCACGCGAACAGCGCGGGGACAAAGGCGGUCAAGUGACAACCACCCUGCACGCGAUGCGCGUUGGAGCUCGACUCGUGGGGGAGAGUAAGGCGAAAGAGUUUUACGUCAGGGAGGGUAUUUUCCAGGGCCGCGCGAGAGAUUUCACGGGGAAGAUAAAAAGGGAAAUCCACCCUCCAGCCGAUGCCGGGUCCCUAGGCUGCUUCGAUGAAAAGCUAAAGCGUCCGUGCACGGGCUCGCGAACGCAUCUAAACAGGGAGCACUGCCGUAUACUUCCGUACAAUCCGUCAGGUGAAGUUGCAGUUGGCGCUCACGUGUCGUCCCCGUGAGCUCUUGACACACGCGUUCAGGCAGGCGGGAACAGCAGCUGCCGCGGUCGCACUCUGCUCGCAUCGAGGAGACUCAACUCGCCGCAUAACAGCGUCCGGUGCGGGCUUCAAUCCCGUCGCCUGCACCGAUGGGCCGCCAUUCAUACACCGUAGCGAGCAUUGCCAACGGACAUGCCUCGCCACAGAAGUACUCGAGGGACGAAGCCGCCACAGCACCCGCGGCGACGCUGCCUCGCGAGGUGGUCCUGGACUGCCGCUGCCUCCAGGAUGAGCGGCGCGUCGACGACCCGGCGCUGCUCAAGGAGCUCACCGAGGACGGCUACGCUCCGCGCGACCGCAUGGUCGGCUGGUCGUGCGCCUUCCUCGCGGCCGGAGCGUUUCUGCUCGUAGGCGGAGGUGUCAUGCUGGCGCUCUCACUCAUGCUCGAGCCAGAGGUGAACAGCUUGACUGGCUACUACGACGUGCCCACCACACUGCUAGGCGCCGCACUUCUGGGGCUGGCUGCAGCGUUCUUUCUGCUGGCGCUCAUCAAGGGAUGCUGGCAUCGGCACUUGUGAGCGGUCACCUAGUCGACAGCGCUCGAAGCUUGGCUGAAUGAAUGUGUUAGCCUGACAGCGUGGUGGUGUACGCCGUUCCAGGCUCCCACAUGUCUGUCCACACGCUGUUCGUUGGAAGGUCGGCAAUUCCAUGCCAUCUUUUCUCACCGGCGAAAAAAAAAAAAGAUGGUGAAGCAUGCUGUGAAGUAUUUCGUAGCACCUUAAGACCUUCAGAACAACAAGGAGCAACAGUGAUUACAACGCUUGGGUAGCGAGAGGUCUCCAAAACAUGGAAGACACUGCAACGAAACUCUGAAGAAGCCAGGCUUUCAAAGAAAGAGACCUGACGAUCGCGAGAGCAGGCACUGUAGUGAAAACGCAACAACCGGCCUCGCGAACCCUGAGCGAAGAUACCAUUUCGUGGGCCUCAAUGCGCGGUAUGUGUAGGUGACUGAAAAUUGCGAACACGGCAAGUCAAAACUAUUGCUGACGUGUGUAUAUGUGCGUGCGGGUAGAUUUGCAUGACGACGAACAAGCGAUUUCACCGAGUGGGCACCAACACGUCCGAACAACAAGGGGCAUGUAUUGUGUCACAAGAAGUGGAGCCUGUUUCCCGCUGAUUUUUGUUUGAAGGACAACCUAUUUGCUAAUAAUUUUAAAUUUUCUGUCACCUCAUCAUCAGCAAUGAAACUCCUGUGGAACUCAUUGCAGUAAUAUAUGUCAUUCAUAAAAGACA